GGAAAAGCAGAAAUACAAUUAAGAACAAAGAUCUCAAAGAAAUAUAAAUUGACAGAGCAAAGCAAAUCGAAUAAAGCAAAUAGAAAAGUGGGGAAGACGAGAAGACCAAUGAAACUUACACCAAUUCUGAUGGCAACUUUAAUUCUAGGAUCCGAACAAGCUCCGAGGGGAGUUGAAAUGGCAUCGUGGGCGUUGGGCGGUGGGUUCGGUGAAGGCGGAGCGGAGGCGACCGAAUCUUCAGAUAGUAGCGGCGGUCACACCGCUUUUCAGUGGGGUGGAACCCUCUCUGCCAUAUUCUUGUUAAUCUUGAGAUAUACAAGGCGAAGAUCAUCCAUGCCGUCUACCCUGCUUGUCCUCUAUCUUUUCACAAGCUUCCCAACAGUGCUGUUCAAGAUUCUAAGUGGGCAGUUUGGAUGCUGGCUUGCCUUUCUUGCGGUUGCAGCAAAUCUCUUCUUCCCCAUGACCUUUCCAGUGUCUCGCUUUCUCCUAUUUGUCAUCACUCCAGACGCCCUGGCCGAUGUGCUACGAGAUAGCAUUGUUGGGGGUGUGGUUUGUCUCACAAUUGGCAUAUUGGUUCUUGUAUUUGAGAUUCGAGAAAUGGGAGGAUGUGGUAAUUGGGAAUUUAGUCCAUAUUGUUGUGUUUACCAUCUUGGUAUAGUUUUCUUGCUCUUCUUUCCUGUAUUAUAUCUGUGCCUGGGAACAUGGUAGACCUAUAGAAGUGCAUUUAACUUCUCGCUGGUACAGAUUCUGUAAAUCUUGUGUGUAAAUGACAAAAAUUUCAGACCUCCUUGGUUCUGUUAGUUGUUUCUGUGUAAGAUUAACUGCUCUCUUUUUCUUUCUUCUCA